AUGUAUAAUAUAGUUCAAAAUUUAUGUACGCAUCCAGGGAGGUAUUUUGCAACUGCUCCUGCAAGGCAACUUCUUCCUGUUGCAGCGCCGCCUAUGCCAGCAUUCAUCCAACCAGCCCCAUUGGGUUGUGCUCCAGUCAUUCAGCCAGUAGCUCCAGUUAUUCAGUCAGCAGCUCCAGUUAUUCAGCCAGCCCCUCUUGUUCCAAGACCUCUUUUGCCACCGCCUCUUUUCAAUCCUCCACCUAGUUUUGUGCCAGCUGCUGCAUAUCCUUCGCCUGGUAUAUAA